UGUGGGCGACAUGAGGGAAGACAUCCCUGACGAAUCAGAAGGAAUCAGUCUACAAAUACAGAGACCACUCAGCCGAGAGGUACAGAGAAGCUGUCGUAUGAUCCGCCUUUCCUCCAACCAAGUGCCUGAAGUGAUUGCCAUCGCUGAGUCCAUAUCAGAUUCGGGAGCAAGGAAGGAAGGAAGGACGGAAGGAAGGAAAAUGGCGCACGUUGGCAAGUACGCGGACGAGCUCAUCGCCACGGCGAAGAAAAUUGCGACCCCUGGGAGGGGUAUCCUCGCCGCUGACGAGAGCACGGGCACCAUCGGGAAGAGACUGGCCAGCAUCAACGUGGAGAAUGUGGAAUUCAACAGGAGGGCUCUGAGGGAGCUUCUCUUCACCGCUCCCGGGGCGAUGCAGUACAUCAGCGGCGUGAUUCUGUUCGAGGAGACGCUCUACCAGAAGACGGCAGACGGGAAGCCUUUCGUCGAUGUCCUCAAGGAGGCCGAUGUGGUGCCUGGCAUCAAGGUCGACACCGGCGUUGCGGCCCUGGCAGGCACGAAGGGCGAGACCACGACGCAAGGGCACGACGGAUUGGGCGCCAGGUGUGCCAAGUACUACCAGGCGGGCGCGCGGUUCGCCAAGUGGCGCGCCAAUUGGCAGGCUGCUGUUGARGUGGCAGACCGUGGGAAGCUUCAGCACCUGGGGUCCUGCUUGAUGCUGACGUGGUAGGAUUCUGCGGGUGACGGGAUUGGACGAGUGAUGGAACAGGCGAGAGAGAAGGGUGUGCUCCGAGGCCUAGUGCAGGGAGGUCGUGUGGCGAGAGCAGAGAGACAAGUCUUGAGCGAACCGGACAMUGCAGGCCUUAGGAUUCGUUAGGAGACAUAAGGAGGGGGGGAUGCAUACAGGAACCGAUUGGACGAGGCUCAGGAGAUAGAGAUCGCAGCAGCAUAUCCUGGCAAAAAAAUUGAGGCAAACGAAAUAGUGAAUGAGCAGAACUGGCUUUGCCGUGAUGAAACUGACCACGGCUUAAAACGGGGAGAGAGCCUGAGCUGGCUUUGCCGUGAUGAAACUGACCACGGCUUAAAACGGGGAGAGAGCCUGAGGAAGAAAAGCAAGUAACCAAGGUGAGAGAACACUCAGAACAGUGUCGCAGCGUAGAAUGAAUUCCAAUGAUGAAC